AUGGUGAUCUCCUUCUUUAUUUUGUUCUGCGUAACUGCAGCGCUUGCGAUCGUGCUAAAAGUUACCAUCAAGUGUCGUGAAGUGGCAAAUCUGUUGAAAAAACUACCCAAUUUCCGGGCCGUACCUUCGUUGCCGCUGCUUGGAAGUGCACUUCUAUUUCGAGACACAACUCCUGAUGGAAUCGUACGUACGAUGACCAAGUUUCAUCGUCAAUAUGGCAAAAAUUUGCUAUUACAGGAACUUGGUAACGAAUUCAAGCUGCUCACUAUCGAUCCACGAGUGAUAGAACAAGUUAUGCAGACCCGAAAUAUCAAGAAAACUAAACUUUAUAGAUUUUUGAGCCCAUGGAUAGGCAACAGUAGUGUUUCACUGGACGGAGAGCGCUGGUUAACUCGCAGGAAGAUCAUUAGCCCUGUCUUCCAUUACAAAAUGUUGAACGAUUUUAUACUCACGAUGGUUGCACAAGCCGACGUGCUGGUAGAAAAGCUACGCGGCAAUGUUGGUGGAUCUGACUUUGAUAUUUACUUACCGGUGAGGUACUGCACGAUGGACGUUAUCUACGAAACCGCGUUGGGCAUUAAGUUACAAAGUCAGCUGAACCCAAACGUACAGCACGUUGAGGCUACAGAUGAAUUUCUUGACUUAGUACAUAAAAGAAUCUUUAAUCCACUGAUGAGAAGCAACUUCAUCUACUCCUUCACAAAAGCGGGUCAGCGUCAGAAGGAAAUAGUGAAAGUGCUUAACAACUUCAUGGAUACAGUAAUCCAGGAGCGAAAGCAUAAUGAUAAUGCCGCUCUAGAGUCGAUUGAAGGGAAUCGUUCUACGAGGAUGACGUUCCUAGAUCUUCUACUUCAGACACGCUACGAUGGUGAACCGAUGCCGGAUGAGGAGAUUCGCGGUGAAGUGAAUACUUUCAUGUUCGCCGGUCACGAGACGAUCACGUCUUGCGUCAGUUUUGCCUUGUAUUAUCUGUCACGUAACCCGACCAUCCAGCAGAAGCUCUACGAUGAAAUAGUGUCCGUUUAUGGAGCUGACGGGAAUGUCCGAUCGGCCACCAUUACGCAUGCGUCUCUGCAGCAGCUCAAGUACAUGGAAAUGGUGAUUAAAGAAACGCUUCGUAUGAGUCCUUCGGUGCCGUUCAUUGGGCGAACAUCGGCAGGGGACAUGACUGUGAAUGGGGUUGUCAUACCGGCAGAGACGGAGGUUCUGAUAAACAUUUACAUCAUGCACAAUGAUCCCGAUCAAUAUCCGGAACCUGAUCGUUUCCUGCCGGAACGUUUUGAGAAUGAGGAUGGAAAGACCACCUUCAGUUACUUGCCGUUUAGUGCCGGAAUACGAAGCUGCGUUGGACAGCGUUUUGCCACGUUGGAGAUGAAAACGAUCUUGAUAAAGCUGUUGGCCAACUACCGCAUGUUGUCGUGCAAGCAAGAAAACGAAUUGCAAUUUAAAUCCGAUCUUACUUUGAAACCAUUGAAGGGAGCUUUUAUGCAAAUACUGGAAAGAUAG